GUCUCCCACGUUGGUACCUGAGUUGUCGGUCACAGUCAGGCUGCGUCCAAUCUCCACUUUGGAUUUAAUUGUCUUUAGCCAAGGGGCGGGUCCUACUGUCAGCUCCACUUCUUCUGACCCGUGACGGCAUAAAGGCAUUCAGUACAGAGGAAUGGUGACAGCUGAGAGAGAGGAACUCUAUACAUAGCCGCAGCCAUGAAGGAAAUCAUGGCACAAAAAGAAAAGCUCCAAUGCCUGAAGGACUUUCACAAGGACACCCUGAAACCUUCGCCGGGGAAGAGCCCAGGCACGCGGCCCGAGGACGAGGCCGAAGGGAAGGCUCCUCAGAGGGAGAAGUGGGCCAGUAAGCUCGACUUUGUCUUGUCUGUGGCCGGAGGCUUCGUCGGAUUAGGAAACGUCUGGCGCUUCCCUUACCUAUGUUAUAAAAAUGGUGGAGGUGCAUUUCUCAUCCCGUACUUCAUCUUCCUUUUUGGGGGAGGCCUGCCUGUCUUCUUCUUAGAGGUUGCAUUGGGACAGUACACGUCUGAGGGAGGGAUCACCUGCUGGGCCAAACUCUGCCCCAUCUUCACCGGUAUUGGCUAUGCCUCUGUGGUGAUCGUAUCACUGCUGAAUGUCUACUACAUCGUGAUCUUGGCCUGGGGUCUCUACUACCUGCUUCAGUGCUUUCAGCCAGAGCUCCCCUGGGCAAAAUGCAAACAGCCAUGGAACACAGAGUACUGUAUAGAGGACAAAGUCCGCAAUAACAAAACCCUGUGGAUCACAGCCAACAUUACCAACUUCACCUCUCCUGUCACAGAGUUUUGGGAACGCAACGUCUUGAGCAUCUCCUCUGGAAUCGAGGACAUCGGGCCCCUGAAGUGGGACCUGGCCCUGUGUCUCCUGGCUGUGUGGAUUAUCUGCUUUUUCUGCAUCUGGAAGGGAGUCAAGUCCACAGGGAAAGUGGUGUACAUCACGGCAACUUUCCCAUUCGUGAUGCUGAUCGUGCUGUUGGUUCGUGGAGUGACCCUGCCUGGUGCAUCUGAAGGGAUCAAAUUUUACCUUUACCCUAACCUGACCCGCCUACAAGAUCCAGAGGUUUGGAUUGAUGCAGGAACCCAGAUUUUCUUCUCCUAUGCCAUCUGCCUGGGAGCCAUGACGUCACUUGGGAGCUACAACAAAUACAAAUACAACUGCUACAGGGACUGUUUGCUGCUGGGAGGCCUCAACAGCGGUACCAGUUUUGUGUCUGGCUUCGCAAUAUUUUCCGUCCUGGGCUUCAUGGCACAAGAACAAGGGGUGGACAUUGCCGAUGUGGCAGAGUCAGGUCCCGGCUUGGCCUUCAUCGCAUACCCCAAAGCUGUGUCCAUGAUGCCUAUGCCAACCCUGUGGGCCGUCCUCUUCUUCAUCAUGCUGCUGCUUCUAGGCCUCGACAGCCAGUUUGUUGAAGUGGAAGGACAGAUCACCUCCAUUGUGGAUCUUUACCCAGCCCUCCUCAGGAAGGGUUACCGGCGGGAGAUCUUUAUAGCUGUGAUGUGCUUCAUAAGCUAUCUCCUGGGGCUCGCCAUGGUAACGAAAGGUGGCAUGUAUGUGUUUCAACUCUUUGACUACUAUGCAGCCAGUGGUGUGUGCCUUUUGUGGGUGGCAUUCUUUGAAUGCAUCGCUGUAGCCUGGGUUUAUGGAGUUGAUAAGUUCUACGAUGGAAUUGAGGACAUGAUUGGCUACAGACCAAACCCUUGGAUGAAAUGGAGCUGGACCAUAAUCACUCCUGUUCUCUGCAUGGGCUGCUUUGUUUUCUCCUUGGUGAAGUACAAGCCCUUGACCUAUAACAAGGUGUACGAAUACCCUGACUGGGCUAUUGGCCUGGGGUGGUGUUUGGCCCUGUCCUCCAUGAUCUGCAUCCCCAUGGUGAUGGUCAUCAAGAUCUUACAGUCUGAGGGACCCCUGAUUGAGAGGAUCAAAGCUGUGGCAGCCCCGGCGAAGUCAGGCGUGAGUUCUCGCCCGAAAGAGUACAACUUGAAGGGCAACGAGUUGACACAGCCCCUGGACCCAAACGAGAACAAUGGCUUGAUGAAGCCCACCCACACCAUUGUAGAAACAAUGAUGUGAGCGCUCUCUGUGAGAGGAAUAAGAUUGAUGUGCUUUCUGUGUUAUCAUAUUUGCUAACAUUGAUAAUGGUAGGUUUACAUUGUCCAGUAUAUUCAUGUUAGAGAUACUUUGGUUUGAUUUCUAUGAAGAGUUAUAUAUUAUUGUUGUAUUUUUUUCUCUUGUAUUUUUUUUUAAUUUUUACUAUAUCAAUAUUGUUGAUGUUUCAAUUGUUGUUGCUGUAAUUGGCACUGAUCUCAGUUUAGGCAGUAUUUUGAGAUAGAACUUGUUCAAUGUUUACUACCUUUCUAUUGAUUCCGGAGAGAUGAAGAAUUUACUUUUUUUUUUGGUGUAAUAGAAGAAAAGAGGAAAUUCUUGAUUGACAAACUGUAACUAACUAAAUGAGUUAUUAACUAUGUAAAAGGUAGAAACCGUCCAAACCUGCUCAAGUGAUUGUGGCCAUCGUUGGUGCCCAAGCUAACUUCUUAUCUCUUGUUGUUGUCGUUGUUGAUCCCCGCAGUGAAAAUGAAUGUAACCUGAGCCCCCCACAACUGUCAUAGAACAAAUCCAUAAUGUGUUCAGUGGCAAUAUGCAGUUAAAGAUAGAGUUACAUCUUGCUUACAAGUUGAACAUGGCCUUGGCCAAAUACUGUGAGAAAUGCGUUCAUAAGAAGAUCCGUCCGCUGAAGAAGAGGAAGUCAGGAGAAAAGGGAAGUGGCAUUUUUAGAGUAUUUGUACACUGCCUGUGUGACUACUAUAGUCAGUCCCAGUGCAUUUAUUGAAACCUCUCUUUGCACUUUAUAUGUUGUCUCAACUUUAUUGUAGUGUUUGUUAUUAUUGCUGCAAGGUAUUGCAGUUACAUUUGCAACACAUUCAGGAGGAAAUAUUUUUAGCUUCUAACUUUUUGAUAUUGUAAACUUUGAUAUACAGUAUCUAGUUGUCUCCUUGCUAAGACAAGGGCAAAAUAAUAAGUUAUCUGACACCAAACAUUCUGAGUCAUAAUAAAUGUUAGUGGGAUCUGUGAGAACAUCACUAAAAAAGUAAAAACAUUACUUUUUUUAACAUCCAUACAGCUCUCUUCAUUGUUCAUAUUUCAGCAGCAGUACCACUGGAUUCUAGUUUGUAAUGUUCAGUCUAGGCAUUUGUAUUUGUAGAAUUUGAACUGUUUGUAAAUCACAUAUGCCUUUUUGUAACAAUUUUAUACUGUACAUCAUAUAAACACCAUCACUGAUUAAUUAAUUGUACUGAAAUCUCAAGCAAUUUGUCUUCUAAGUAUUGACCUCAUGGGGAGCCUGGAUGACAUUUUUCAGUGUGCAAUACUCAUUGAAGCAAUGGCAUUCCCUGCUCCCUCAAAAUACACCUUCAAAUCAAAAACAAUUGUAAUGCUCAAUGAUGUAUGAAAUACUGAAGGAAUUGUUAUCCUGGAGCAUGUGUAGGAGUCAUCAGUGUACCGUGCUGAGUCCAUAAACAAAUUCUCGUGCUACUUGGAAAUUCAAGUUUACCAAAGUAUUUUUGUCUCACAGUUGUCCCCUUUGAGAUGCACAUUGCAUAAUUUCUAUAUGAAUUACAAAUAAACAUCUUUUUCUUUGGAA